AGAUUCAGUUUUAUUUUCGUUUCUGUUCUGGUAAUUUCAUAAGAUGUAAACUUCACGGGUUUAGUAUUUUAGUUUGAGGUUGUUGACUUUGAAAAGGGAGAGAACAAUCCACAGCUGCUGACAAAAGUUUGCCCUGUAGCCUCAAGCUGUGAUCUGCAGAGUCAAUGGGAGGACCAUGGCUGCAGACAGACGCACGCUCCAGGUCCUCCGGGUUCCCAGUGACCUCCCUGAUGAUCGGAUGAUCGACAAGCUGCUGAUUCACUUCCUGCGGCCCCGGAAUGGGGGGGGGGAGGUCCUGGGAGUGAGGUACCCCACCGACACACCAGCAGAGGCGCUGGUCACCUUUGAGCAGGAGGAAGUUGCUGACAGGGUCCUGCAGCGUUCUCAAGUUCUGGCGCUACAGUCAGGAAAACAUCCCCUGGAAGUCAGGAGAGUGGAGAGUGAGGAGAGUAUAGAGGUUGACAUGUCCGUGAGCACAGGUCUAAGCCUGGAGAUGUUCCCAGACCAAGGCAUGGUGAGAGAGCUUCUUGAGAAACAUCGCUUCAGGGUGACUCAGCUGCAGGGACGACCCCCUUGGGAGCUGCAAAUCAAGGGCUCCUUCACAGAGCUCAGGAAGCUGAGGACUGAACUCUGUGCACUGCUGCCUGCUGCUCCCAGACAUAUCCAGGGCCCUCCGGCCAGUCGAUACCUUCACACUGCAGAUGGAGCGCAGGGACUGGAGAACAGCACGGGGGCCAGACAGUACAGGGUUAACGACUCAGGGACCGGGGCAGUAUCCAAAACAAAAUUCUCACAUUAUCCAGGGGACAAGAAUAACCCAUAUUCCAUAGGAGAGAUACGCUCCAAAGCUCCACUAGUCACCUUACCUUUGUCACCUCAAGCCAAUCAAACCCCCAGGAAAACCCAGAGUGUUUCGUUCAAUAUUGACAAGCAUGUGCUGAAAUAUGCCAAAGCUUUCCAUAGGCAGGAUAUGUCGGAGAUACUGGAUAGCCACUGUGUGGAAAUGAGCGAGGAGGAGAGCGAUGAGAUCAGUACUGUGAUCUUAACUUCAGUGAUUGGCCAUGACAGACCUGCAGGUAUUUUAAAAGUAGCUGAGGAACUGCUGUCCAGUCUGUUAUUUGAACUAGGACGUACUCUACGAACACAGAAAAUUAAUCUCUCUUCCUAUAACCAUCAGCAACAAAGUCAGAUUCUGGAGAGGUCCACUAUGCUUAAAAAUAUUUACAAAGUUCUAGUGAUCUACCCUGACAGGGGGAGCAUACAGCUGGUGGGAACUUCGACGGAGAGCUACAAGCUGAGGCAGAGGUUGUUGGCAGUUAAUUCCACGGUGGGGGAACAGCUUGCCAGUAAUCGUCAAGGACGCCGGAUGGACAGAGAUGACGUCAGGCGCAGCUCUUCCCUCCCCCGACAACCGAGCAGAACGGACUUCAGGAGUCCCAUGGAGGGCUCUCUCUAUGCCCAGCAGCGGUCCCCAGAAAAGUACCAGCUGGAGAUAGCUGAGUGUGGCAGGGCUGGAGGACACCUGGGUGUGACAGGGCUGGAGAAGGAGAAGGCAGGAAGCACACCUAGUCACAACAAGAAAGAGAACAGCCUCCAGAGGAAAAGAGCCUCCUCAGAACCCAGGGCCAAGACAAAGGAACGCCAGCAAACCAGGAUAGGGAGCAGUCGAGAAACAGUGAGAGAGCCCACAUCUGGGCAGGGAAGGCUGGGUGUCAAGAGUGAAGCGAAUUUAAUAAACCUCAAACUAAAUAAAAAUAUGCCACCUUUGUUGAAAAACAUGACCACUUUGUCUGACAAUCAUUGGAAAACCGUAAUACGAAAGAAAAAUUAAGAACAUAAGAAAAUUUACAAACGAGCGGAACUUGUCCACUUCCUUGCAGCUGAUUGAUCUCAAAACUCUCAGAAUAAUGUUUCCUGGUCCCACUUCUCUACAAACAGAAUAAUGGAAAUGAACAGAGCAGAUACAACACAGUGUACGAAAACUUUGGUGGGAUCUACAACAUCUGAACUAAUCUCUGUUCAAUAAUAAAGUAACGUUCCUGAAGAGGUUGAUCAUUACAGAUUAACUUUUAGGGUAGAUAUGUGACGGGCAGAUACAGGACAGAUUACUGUGGUACAAAUAAACCUGUGUGUUAAGGCUGCAGUUUUCUCUGUGGAAAUGUGGAUUUACCUUCAGAGGCCACAUGGGGACAGCACCUGCCAGCAGUUACAAUCACGGUCACAGCAUCGAAUGUCCAGAUAUUAAAAUGCUCUAUCCCAAGCCGAGUGAAUAGCAGGUCAAUGGCUUUGUCAACUGGUCCAUGCAUUUCUAGAUCCAGUGUUCAGAUCAAGCCCAAUACAUGUAGCAUGAGAAAUAUUGUACUACAGUUUACUGGUUUCAGGUUUAAAAAUCUGAAUCUAGAAAACAGGUUUAAUGUGGAUUUGUUUCCUGCCAUGUACACCCAAUCGGGUAAAAUCAGGUUCAGUUUUAUUGUGUGCUUUCAUUUAACACACAUAAUAAAAACAGCGGAGUACUGUACCAGAGAAUCAGGAGUGUGUAUUGGUUGCUAUGGGGCUGGACAA